UGUAUAAAGCAAACGGGUUGAGCAUUUAGUACAUGACUACCAAACACUGCCUCCACAAAAUCACUCAAUCGAUCCAACAUGAAGAACCUCCGUCACUGAUUCUUUCUGUUGCGUAUCAAAUUCUCUCCUCAGCUAGCUGCCCUUGAUACCCAAAAUGCCUUUAAAAAGGUUAGUAGAGGUGGAACCACCCAGCCCGCUUCGUUAUCUGAUCGGAGCAGCAAUUAUGAUGAUCGGAGUUGUUUUACCGGUUGGCUAUAUGAUGUUUCGAAACAAACGCGUCCCUUCUUCUUCCUCUUUUGCCAAACAGACGUAGGAACAAGGUUUUGAUAUAAUGGGAUUGAUGGGUAGAGAGUUCAGACAGAGGUAGAUUUAACUUGUAAAGCUCGAAAACAACAGAUAUGCACAAUGUUAGUGUUAAUGCUCGGUUAUGUGUUGUUACUUGUUACGGGGUUGGAUUUAUAAUGUAGACAAAAUGUGUUACUAAAUUGUGCUAAUCGGCAUUAUCUUUUUUCUUUUUUGGUGUUAUACUUAUUUAUAUUUUGUUCA